ACGUUUACGUUAACGCUGAGGAACUUCGUGGCUGACGUCAUGGGCGUUGAACAGUCACACGAGACCCACCCGUCCUAUACAAAGGACUAUCUGGAUGGAUGCAGGUAUUGGGCGGAUUUCGAGAAUGAAUAUUUCGCCAAGGGAACUUACCGCUACGCAUUCCGGGGCACAGUGCACGGGGAUGGGCCACGUGACGGAAGUGUCUGCGUUGCGAAGGUCUUUAAACGGAAGUACGCCAAAUACUUCGACAGGUGGCGUCCUGACUUCAACGCCAGCGUCAAGGCUCAACAUUUCGCCACGAUCUUCACGCGUAACGUGCUUCCACAGCUACGAAAAUUCGUUUCGACGACCGAAAUCGAGUUCAUCAUUCCGUUGAUCGCGAAAAUGGAUUCUAUUUCACAUUUCAAAGUGCUCGGCUUGUUUUCCGUUAACGAGGAUACUACGUACGUCACGCCGUUCGAGUACGUCGCCAUCGAGCCGUAUCUGUACGGUCAGUUUGAGAAAUUCAACUCGAAUGGGGGCUUUGAGGACUUCAGUGCUCUUGUACUUAACACGUUCAGUCACUGGACGUGGCAGGUUAGCGGACACAAGUUUCUCGUGUGCGACCUCCAAGGAGUGCAGAACGGCCGAAAGUGCAUUCUGACAGACCCGUGCAUCCACUCAGUUGACGGGCGCUUCGGGAUGACGGACCUCGGCGUGGUGGGGAUGGAGAAGGUACUCUCGAAUCAUGUAUGCAACGCCAUGUGUUACGCUCUGGGCCUGGAGAACCCCAUGGCAGGGCUGCGCCUCGGCGCCCGUAAGUCCCAAGCCACCGCCUACGUGUUCGAGCUGUCGGAGAGUGACAUCUACCGCGCUAACGAGGCUCGCACGCACUACUUCACACUUAUAGAACCCGUAGUUCAAUGACGACACGAAUCAUGCAUGACGAAUAAAUAAUAAAUGUAUACGAGACUACU